AUGAAGAAUGUGCCUUAUUCCAAUGCAAUAGGGUCUGUUAUGUAUCUCAUGGUUAGUACUAGGCCUGAUAUUGCAUAUACAGUUAGUUGCUUGAGUAGAUUUAUGUCUAACCCUAGUAUUCCUCAUUGGAAUGCUUUGAAAUGGCUUUUGAGAUAUCUAAAAUCCACUGUUGAUGUUGGCUUGACUUUCUCUAAGUGUUCUGUAGGUACAAAGUUAGUUGGUUAUGUAGAUUCCAAUUAUGCUAAUGAUAGGGAUAAUAGAAAGUCUACUACUUCCUAUGUGUUUACUUUGUGUGGCUCUUGCAUAAGUUGGAAGUCUCAACUUCAACCCAUUGUUGCUUUAUCUACUACAGAAUCUGAGUAUGUAGCUGCCACUGAAGCCUUUAAGGAAGCAAUUUGGCUUAGGGCUGUUUUGGAAAUUGUUGUUAGAGAUGCUAGCAGAUUUCAUCAAUUUAAGAAUGAUUGUGUUUUCCUGGGGGUGAUUAUUGGUAAAACUGAAAGAUGA